UGGGCGUGGCCUCCGGCUCCAGACUAGGAGCCCGAGGGUGGGCGGCACUAGAGGGAGCCGCGGCCGCGCCCGCCCUGUCGCGCCUUGCUUGCCGCUCGGAGCGCCGCCUCCCCAGCCGCUCGGAGCCGCCGCGAUGGCGGAGGACAGCGAGUCUGCGGCCAGCCAGCAGAGCCUAGAGCUGGACGACCAGGACACGUGCGGGAUAGACGGAGACAAUGAGGAGGAGACGGAGCACGCCAAAGGAAGCCCUGGAGGGGAUUUGGGAGCAAAAAAGAAAAAGAAGAAACAGAAGAGAAAAAAGGAGAAGCCGAAUUCUGGGGGUACCAAGUCUGACUCUGCAUCUGACUCCCAAGAGAUUAAAAUUCAGCAGUCUUCAAAACACAACGCCAUCUGGCAGCAGAUUUCAGCGGGAGCAGCCAUGGGUGGUGAUACUAUGGAAGGUGAAUGGAUAGAUUUAAGAAUGUAUCAUAAGAAUCCCACCAUCCCUAUUCAGAAGCUACAGGACAUCCAGAGAGCAAUGGAGCUGCUGUCUGCAUGCCAAGGCCCAGCCAGGAACAUUGAUGAGGCCACAAAGCGCAGAUACCAGUUCUGGGACACACAGCCAGUGCCCAAAUUGAAUGAAGUCAUAACAUCUCAUGGUGCAAUUGAACCAGACAAGGACAAUAUCCGCCAGGAACCGUAUUCUUUGCCACAAGGUUUUAUGUGGGACACUUUAGACUUGAGUAAUGCUGAAGUGCUCAAGGAGUUGUACACAUUGCUGAACGAGAAUUAUGUGGAAGAUGAUGACAAUAUGUUCCGCUUCGACUAUUCACCUGAGUUUCUCUUGUGGGCUCUGCGUCCCCCAGGCUGGCUUCUGCAAUGGCACUGUGGGGUCCGAGUGUCUUCAAAUAAAAAGCUAGUAGGUUUCAUAAGUGCCAUUCCAGCAAACAUCCGAGUUUAUGACAGUGUGAAGAGAAUGGUAGAAAUCAACUUUCUUUGUGUCCACAAGAAACUGAGAUCAAAACGGGUAGCCCCAGUGUUGAUUCGAGAAAUAACUAGAAGAGUGAACCUAGAAGGGAUCUUCCAGGCUGUGUAUACUGCCGGAGUGGUUCUUCCUAAGCCUGUGGCCACAUGCAGGUAUUGGCACCGAUCCCUAAACCCCAGGAAACUGGUCGAGGUGAAAUUUUCUCAUUUGAGUAGAAACAUGACCUUACAGAGAACGAUGAAGCUCUACAGACUUCCGGAUGUUACAAAGACUUCGGGUUUGAGACCAAUGGAACCGAAAGACAUCACAGCAGUCCGAGAACUAAUCAACAGCUACUUAAAGCAGUUUCAUCUAGCUCCAGUGAUGGAUGAAGAGGAAGUGGCCCACUGGUUCCUCCCCAGGGAGCACAUCAUUGACACAUUUGUGGUGGAGAGCCCCAGUGGGAAGCUGACUGAUUUCCUGAGCUUCUACACACUCCCCUCCACGGUUAUGCACCACCCAGCUCACAAGAGCCUCAAGGCUGCCUAUUCCUUCUACAACAUUCACACAGAGACACCUCUGCUGGACCUAAUGAAUGAUGCGCUCAUUAUAGCCAAGUUGAAAGGGUUUGAUGUAUUCAAUGCACUAGACUUGAUGGAAAAUAAGACCUUCUUGGAAAAACUCAAGUUUGGUGUAGGAGACGGCAACUUACAGUAUUAUUUGUACAACUGGAGGUGUCCAGGGACAGACUCGGAAAAAGUUGGACUUGUUCUACAGUAGAUGGAUAUGUUACUUCUAGAAGGCUGACAUUCUUAUUUGUUAAUAUUCUAUUUAGUGAGUCCUGGAACUGCCAUUCCAAAGAAGAAUAAAAGCACAAGUUGAGUGAAAUUGAAGUAGUUGCUAACAAUCAGAACAGAUGGCCAAUAGUACACAUUUCUAGUUAGGAUGUUGAGAGCCAAACUCUGCUGUUGAUUGAUGUGUGGGAGGGAUGAAGGUGUCCACAGAGCUCUUGUGGUAAAGAGAGGAUGUUGUCCUUCCACUCUAGAAGUGGGACUGCUUCUCUAUGAACCAAACAGAAGUGGUGGCAUCAUGUUAAGAAAACCUUUGCUGUUAGGAGAGUCACUGCUGCUUUUCUGUUUGUUAAGUGGUGAUAUACUUGUAUAACAGAACAAGGAUCCAUAUGUGUAUCACCUUACAUGAUGCUACUGGGAAUGUUUAUAGAAUUGACAUGUGGUAGACAAUUACGUAUGGAGCAAUAUGAAAAUGUACCAGUGACUUAGCACAUUUAUUAUUCCAUAAGCAUAGUAGCCAAAUCAGCAUCAUGGAGGUCUAUCCCAUAAGCAUAGUAGCCAAAUCAGUAAAUAUGCAGGUUUGUCCUUUGCUCUUCAGCAGGUUAGUGGAUUGUUUCAAAAGCAAAGUUUGGGGCAAAUGUUCAGCAUGCUCACUAAAGAGUACACACCUGACUGACCAGACCUUGUGGCUGCUUGCAGUCUCGUUUCUCAGCACUGACAAGGAUGUGUGAGGGAAGUAAAAGCUCUAAGGUCAGAUUUAAUGCCCAGAGGAGUAUAGUAGUGCUGUCAGACACAGAUGGUCUGAAUGUUUUUAUUAUGCAAAAUUGCACAUGUUCCUUUAUGCUGACUUUAAUUUAUCAUGAAAAUUGUCAUGCUAAUGGAAAAUGUCUUACUUGUAAAUACGUAUUCAUAAUUUUGUUACUGAUGUUGUUUUUACCUAGAAUUUGAAAAACAAGUUUCACAGUGUACAUAUAUGUAUAUGCUGCCACUAUCCAAGGGAAAAAUAAAAUACUAAACAAGGCCAUUGUACAGACUGGCCUUUGAGUCAGAUGCCACUAAGUAGAUACUUCUUCCUGCCUUUACUCCAGUGCCUCUGCUCCGGUCCAGAACGCUACUUUAGAUAACAUGGCAUUUCCUUCCCGGCUAGAAAGGACUCACCAAACGUUACUUUUAGGUCGAGUCUCAUCUGUUGGCUGUUCUGUACAGCUCACAAGCUGACAGUGGUCAUUAAUGUUUGGAAUGGUUGGGGGAAAUGGCCCAAAGAAUGACAUUUGUAGCAUGCAAAUCUUAUGAAGUUCAAGUUUUAUCAGAAUACAGCCACAUCUUCAUUUAUGAUCUACCUGUGGCUGUCUCAUGCUAUGAAAGGAAAUCAAGUAGUUGUGACAGACUGGAAUGUAUUGCCUGCAAAGUUAAAAUAUUUGCUGUCUGGCCUCUUAACCAUGUUUGUGGACUAAGGUCCAAAGAAGUAGGCCACAAAUUUGUGCCAUCCCUGAUAGCACCACUAAAUGGGGCAACUGGGCCUCACAAGUGGUGCAGAAGUGGGACCAGUACUGUUCCUAAAGACACAUGGCAGAUUUCUCAUUUCAUAUGGUCCAUGCCCAACUAUGUGACAUUUUUAACAGAAUACCUUCAGGAAAUAAAACUACCUAUUCAUUGGAACACUGUUUAGAAAGACAGCAUUAGGUAAGCAAGUUUAGUGAAUCUGGAUUUACAGCUCUUUGGAAUUGUCUCACUCAUUUUUUAUGUCUUAUACAAAUUGAGUUUUCAGGUUAAGAAUUGCCUGUCAGGAUAUUUUUUCAUGGGCUUAUUUACCUCAUGAGGAAGAAUUUAAACCAUCCCUUUAGAGAUUUGUUUACUGCACAUUGCAGUUGUUACAGAACUCAUCACUUUAAAUACACUAAUAGUUAACAUUGAUGUAUUCAUAAUUUAAGCACAUGACCAAUUGAUAUUUUAGAAAGUCAGUAACCAGUGCAACUGCUCGGAUAUAAAGUAGCUGUUAAAACCAAAUAUAAAUGCAACAGUCUCCAGAGUUGUUUUUAAGUUAUACUGCCCUGUCUUUAUAUCCAAAAUGUGUGCUAUAAGGGUUUCUUUUCUUCAAAAAAUGGAAAUUUGUCAGUAAAUGGAACAAAGGUGGCACAGCCCAUGAGUUCAACCAGAACUUGGGGUGAAAAACGUUGUCAUAUCCUAAUUACUUGCUCCUAAAUUACAAAAUGACUUUCCAGACACAUGGUAGAUUUCACAUCCAAGCACUGACAGCUCCAUUUCCUAGCCUGAAAGACCCAUUGAAUCUCUUGCUACAUUUCACCUAAGUUACUACUGUAAUUUCUGCUGUUAGUUUUGGAAGUCUUUUGUGUGUUUGUGUGUGUGUUUUGUUUUGGUGCUGGGGAUCAAGCCAGGGAUUGUGUGCUAAUAAGUACAUGUUCUACCACAGAGCUGUACCCCUAUUGUACUUCUGAUAGAUGUUCAGUAUUGCAAGGAACUUAAUGAUGUGCAGGGAGGGAAUUCUUUUGAAAUAACAUAUCAGGUUUUUUUUUUUUUUUUUUUUCUGUAUCAGUCAAGCCUUUCUCCAAGCCUGUGUCAAGCUUACCUACAAAGAAAGCCAAAUUAACUACAAAAAAUGGUAUGCUGCUUUUGAAGACAGUGUGCUGCUUAGCAUUUAGUGUCUCCCUUAACAACUAGGACCAGUUGUUUCAUCCACCUUAUUAGACCAUGUCUGUGGCCCAUUUUCCAAGUUUGGUAGAGAAAUGUUAAGUGCUGUAGGAAACUGAUGUUCUUGCAAGCAAACAUUGUACCAGCCUUGAAAGCAGUGAAUUUAUACACGCAUGGACAUUAGUCUCAAUAAACUUCGGUUUUGUUAAUCAUU